AUGGCUUAUUUUGUCCUGUGUUUAGUACUUUUCUUGGCCAUGACUGGUCAUUCAAGUGCCCUCUAUUGCAUAUGUAAUAGUGGGAUGGGUGACUCAGCCCUUCAGAAGAACAUAGAUUAUGCUUGUGGAGCUGGAGCUGAUUGUUCUCCAAUCCUUCAAAAUGGUCCUUGUUACAACCCCAACACUGUAAAAGACCACUGCAACUAUGCUGUUAACAGCUAUUUUCAGAGGAAAGGUCAAAUUUCUGGGAGCUGUGAUUUUGCUGGCACUGCAGCCCCAAGCCAAACUCCCCCCAGUGGCCAAACUUCUGCAUGCGUUUAUCCAUCAAGUCCCAGUAAUGCAGGAACACCGUCAACCACACCUCCAUCAAGCAACACCCCCCCAUCAACCAACACCCCCCCAUCAAACAACGGCCCCCCAUCAAACAACAAUUCAUCCAUCACACCACCCUCAACCACAUUUCCAGGCAAUCCGAGCGGUCCAACUUUUGGCCCUGUCCCUUCAGGAAAUGGCAUCAGCACAGACAACAGUGGCAGUGAUACCCUCCAUCAUAGCACCACAACUUUGCUUUCCUCUUUGACUCUAACCCUUCUGUUUUCAGCUUUGCUAUGGUUGAGGGUCUGA